CUUCUCGCGAGCGGCCAUCCGGGCACCCGCCUUGCAGCCGCAGACACCCGCGUCGAGCCGCACCACGCCGGUGCCGGAGCAGGGAGCCGGGCUGCGUGCGUCCAGCCGCCGAGCGGCGAGCGCCCGGGGCGGGGGCGGCAGGCGGACAGCGGCUCGGGGCGGCCGGGGAGCAUGCCCGCGCGGCUCCGCUGAAUGGCGCCUCCUCUGCGACCCCUCGCCCGGCUGCGGCCGCCGGGGAUGCUGCUCCGCGCGCUCCUGCUCCUGCUGCUGCUCAGCCCCGUGCCAGGAGUGUGGUGCUUUAGCGAACUGUUUUUUAUAAAAGAACCACAGGAUGUAACUGUCACAAGAAAGGACCCAGUCGUUUUAGAUUGCCAAGCUCACGGAGAAAUUCCUAUUAAGGUCACAUGGUUGAAAAACGGAGCAAAACUGUCUGAAAAUAAACGAAUCGAGGUUCUUUCUAACGGCUCUUUAUACAUCAGCGAGGUGGAAGGCAGACGAGGAGAGCAGUCCGAUGAAGGAUUUUAUCAGUGCUUGGCAGUGAACAAAUAUGGAGCCAUUCUUAGUCAAAAAGCUCAUCUUACCUUAUCAACGAUUUCUGCAUUUGAAGUUCAGCCAGUUUCUACUGAGGUCCAUGAAGGUGGAGUUGCUCGAUUUGCAUGCAAGAUUUCAUCCAACCCUCCUGCAGUCAUAACAUGGGAGUUCAAUCGGACAACUCUACCUAUGACUGUGGACAGGAUAACUACCCUACCAACAGGAGUAUUGCAAAUCUAUGAUGUCGACCAGAUGGAUUCUGGAAAUUAUCGCUGUGUUGCUGCCACUGUAGCUCACCAACGUAAAAGUAUGGAGGCCUCGCUAACUGUGAUUCCAGCUAAGGAGUCUAAAUCCUUCCACACACCAACCAUUAUAGCAGGUCCACAAAACAUAACAACGUCUCUUCAUCAGACUGUAGUUUUGGAAUGCAUGGCCACAGGAAAUCCCAAACCAAUCAUUUCUUGGAGCCGUCUUGAUCACAAAUCCAUUGAUGUCUUUAAUACUCGGGUACUUGGAAAUAGUAAUCUUAUGAUAUCUGAUAUCAAGCUACAACAUGCUGGAGUUUAUGUUUGUCGGGCCACUACCCCUGGAACACGCAACUUUACAGUUGCUAUGGCAACUUUAACUGUAUUAGCUCCUCCUUCAUUUGUCGAAUGGCCAGAAAGUUUAACAAGACCUCGAGCUGGCACUGCUCGAUUUGUGUGUCAGGCAGAAGGAAUCCCCUCUCCCAAGAUGUCAUGGCUGAAAAAUGGAAGGAAGAUACAUUCAAAUGGUAGAAUUAAAAUGUACAACAGCAAAUUGGUAAUUAACCAGAUUAUUCCUGAAGAUGAUGGUAUUUAUCAGUGCAUGGCUGAGAAUAGCCAAGGAUCUAUUUUAUCUAGAGCCAGACUGACUGUAGUGAUGUCAGAAGACAGACCUAGUGCUCCCUGUAAUGUACAUGCUGAAACCAUGUCAAGCUCAGCCAUCCUUUUAGCUUGGGAGAGGCCACUUUAUAAUUCAGACAAAGUCAUCGCCUAUUCUGUACACUACAUGAAAGCAGAAGGUUUAAAUAAUGAAGAGUAUCAAGUUGUCCUUGGAAACGACACAACUCAUUAUAUUAUUGAUGACUUAGAGCCUGCCAGCAAUUAUACUUUCUACAUUGUGGCAUAUAUGCCAUUGGGAGCCAGCCAGAUGUCUGACCAUGUGACACAGAAUACUCUAGAGGAUGUUCCCCUGAGACCUCCUGAAAUUAGUUUGACAAGUCGAAGUCCCACUGAUAUUCUCGUCUCCUGGCUGCCAAUCCCAGCCAAAUAUCGGCGGGGCCAAGUGGUGCUGUAUCGCUUGUCUUUCCGCCUAAGUACUGAGAAUGCCAUCCAAGUUCUGGAGCUCCCAGGGACCACGCAUGAGUACCUUUUGGAAGGCCUGAAACCUGACAGUGUCUACCUGGUUCGGAUUACUGCUGCCACCAGAGUGGGGUUGGGAGAGUCAUCAGUAUGGACUUCACAUAAGACGCCUAAAGCUACAAGUGUGAAAGCCCCUAAGUCUCCAGAGUUGCAUUUGGAGCCUCUGAACUGUACCACCAUUUCUGUGACGUGGCAGCAAGAUGUGGAGGACACGGCCGCCAUUCUGGGCUACAAACUGUACUACAAGGAAGAAGGGCAGCAGGAGAAUGGGCCCAUUUUCUUGGAUACCAGGGACCUACUCUAUACUCUCAGUGGUUUAGACCCCAGAAGAAAAUAUCAUGUGAGGCUCCUGGCUUACAACAACAUAGAAGAUGGCUAUCAGGCAGAUCAGACUGUCAGCACUCCAGGAUGUGUGUCUGUUCGUGAUCGCAUGGUCCCUCCUCCACCGCCACCCCAUAAUCUCUAUGCAAAGGCUAACACCUCAUCUUCCAUCUUCCUGCACUGGAGGAGGCCUGCAUUCACCACUGCACAAAUCAUUAACUACACCGUCCGCUGUAAUCCCGUUGGCCUGCAGAAUGCUUCUUUGGUGCUGUACCUUCAAACAUCAGAAACUCACAUGUUGGUUCAAGGUCUAGAACCAAACACCAAAUAUGAAUUUGCUGUUCGAUUACAUGUGGAUCAGCUUUCCAGUCCCUGGAGCCCUGUGGUCUACCGUUCUACUCUUCUAGAAGCACCGGCAGGCCCACCAGUUGGAGUAAAAGUGACAUUGAUAGAGGAUGACACCGCCCUGGUUUCUUGGAAACCCCCUGAUGGCCCAGAGACAGUUGUGACUCGCUAUACUAUCUUGUAUGCAUCCAGGAAGGCCUGGAUUGCAGGAGAGUGGCAGGUCCUACACCGUGAAGGAGCAAUAACCAUGGCUUUGCUAGAAAACUUGGUAGCAGGAAAUGUGUACAUUGUCAAGAUAUCUGCAUCCAAUGAGGUGGGAGAAGGACCCUUUUCAAAUUCUGUGGAGCUGGCAGUACUUCCAAAGGAAACCUCUGAAUCAAAUCAGAGGCCCAAGCGUUUAGAUGCUACAGAUGCCAAAGUUUAUUCAGGAUAUUACCAUCUGGACCAAAAAUCAAUGACUGGCAUUGCUGUAGGUGUUGGCAUAGCCUUGACCUGCAUCCUCAUCUGUGUUCUCAUCUUAAUAUACCGAAGUAAAGCCAGGAAAUCAUCUGCUUCCAAGACGGCACAGAAUGGAGCUCAACAGUUACCUCGUACCAGUGCCUCCUUAGCUAGUGGAAGUGUAGGAAAGAACCUGGAAGGAGCUGGAGGAAAUGAAGAAUCUUUAAUGCCAAUGAUCAUGCCAAACAGCUUCAUUGAUGCAAAGGGAGGAACUGACCUGAUAAUUAAUAGCUAUGGUCCUAUAAUUAAAAACAACUCUAAGAAAAAAUGGUUUUUCUUCCAAGACUCAAAGAAGAUACAAGCUCAGCAGCCUCAAAGAAGAUUUACUCCAGCCGUCUGCUUUUACCAGCCAGGCACUACUGUACUAAUCAGUGAUGAAGACUCCCCCAGCUCCCCAGGGCAGACAACCAACUUCUCAAGACCCUUUGGUGUUGCACCUGAUACAGAACAUUCAGCAAAUAGCGAAGGCAGCCACGAGACUGGGGAUUCUGGACGAUUCUCUCAUGAGUCCAACGAUGAGUUACAUCUGUCCUCAGUUAUAAGUACCACUCCCCCUGACCUUUGAUUCUUUCACUGGCAGUGAUUCAGGUGGAGAUUCCACCAUGAGGAAGUGUGAAGACCCUGCUGUGUCAUCCGUUACUGAGCAGACUUCCUCUUCAGUUCCGCAGUCACCAUCUGCCAUGCUAUGCUUUGAUAAAAACAAUUUUCCAAUCUAGACGGCCACCCUCAGGUAUUCUCACCAGUAAGUCUGUUCGAAGGACAAUGAACAGGGAGCCAAAGCCUUUUGUGAAAAUCUUGAUAUCUUUAUGGGGUAUUUCAGCUUUUUUGAAUGUGUUUUUUUAUUUUUAAACUUGUGUAAUUUGAAUGUUUCAUUGUCAGCAAUGUGAAAGAACAGUCAAGAUGUUUGACUGGAUUAUAAAAUAUAUCACUGGAGCAAAGGGAAGACUUUUGAAAGCCCCUUUGCUGACUAUCUACCUCAGUUUGCCCCCCGGCAAACUCUGAAGACAACUUUGUUACCUCAUUUGUUGUUAUAGUUUAUCUCAGCUACAUAACCAAUGAUACUUCCUAGUAGUAUUGUGUUUUCAUUGCCGUAUGUGUAAUGUGUGUGAUCAAAGGAGUCAUAUAGGUAGAUGAGUAAGAAUGUUUAUCUGAAGCUCUGAUUUUUAAAAAACCUGUGACAUCUGCAUGGUUUGGAUAAGUUCAUACCUCUGGCUGUGAGGACUGUUAAAACACUGAGAAGAGGAAAAGUGGGACUAUUUAUUUUAAUGAAUGACCAAAACAAAAAGGUAUAUCUCUUUUAAGAACAGAACUAUUGAGUAGCAGAUAGGGAUCUUUUUGCUUAAAAGGCCUUUAUGUUUUGGACAUUGGAGUCUGAAUGCUUUAUCUCCUAUAUUCCAAACCUCAACCUGCCUGGAACCGUGCCUUUUCUGUCUUCCUCUUUGCCUGACAGUUGGCCAGAGGCUGCACUGUCUAGUUUGCAAAGCAUCCUCAACUUUGCCAGUAUUAGUUGCAAAACCCCAUGCAGAAAAUGGAUUUUUAAAGAAAAUGGGUUAAGGUAUUUUUUUCCUUUUCUUUUUUUUAAUCCCAGUUUGGCUUAAAGGAGUGAGGAAAUUUCAUAAACUAUUAUGAAUGAAGAUGAAUGCAACAGUAGACCGUGAAAUGACCUUGAGGUUAUUAUGGUAACAGUGCCUUUCAGUAUAUAUUAUGAAAUUCUUUGCCUUAUACCUUUUUAAUAUUCAUGAAAUUGUUUAGUACAGGAGUACAAAAAGUUGCCUUAAGAAUUUCUUGGAUUUUAUCAAUAACUACUUUGAUGUAUAGUAUCUUACCGGGGCUUUUUUUUUAAGUGCAGGUUUUGUUUAGGGAUAAAUAUUCAGAGCUUUACCACCUUACUUGCGUUUUCUUGAAUUCUGAAGAGAAUUUUUUAUCUACUUAAUCUUCCCUCAGUGUCAAUGCUGUGAAUGAGGAAUGCUAACUCCCGGAGUGAGUUAAUCCUCUUGCUGGUUUGAAAUCAGCAAAUUGUUUACUCAGCUACAUAACAUAGGCCUUUUCUCAGUUGUGAGACAGUUACCUAGGUGCCCAGCAGUGGAAGAGGAUAAAUAACUAAACAGGGGUAGGGAAGGGGUCCCACAUCCUUUUAAAAGUAUUUUUUCAAAUUUUCUAGAAGUGACUUUUGAGUCACAUUUUAAGAGGAAUCUUUAUGGGUUUACACUUGAAAUGCUUUGUUCAUAGAGAGGGCAGGGUCAUGUUAACUGAUGUUCUAAAAUCAAAAGAAAAUUAGCGGAUAAUAGUCCCAGCAUCAUCUGCUAGUCCAAUAACUGUAAAUAUAACAUUUUAAAAUCUGUAAUUGUGUGCCAAACUGGAUAUGAUCAAUACUAAAGUUCAAUGCCAGCAGCCACUUCUGGACUAAAUUCAAAGUCCCCCAGUGAGUUAUCUAAGUACGGAAUUCAUCACAAAACAAAAAAGCAGAGCUUUAGGUGAACAGUCUGCAGCAAGGAAAAUGCUGCUCCUGCCUUUAUAGCUCCUGUUUUAUACUACCUCCUUUAAAAUUAUUCUAGUGUUAUUUUUUUUCCUGUACUCAGGGAACAUUUUGUUACUUUUGAGCUGCCUCAUGGAAGCAUGGGCACAAUGACAGGGUAUGGUGCUUUUUGGUUCGUAAGUAGAAGUAUGUAGGGCCAACUUUUAUCUAUCUAAAAUUAAGAAGUACAAUGAGAUCAUUUUAUUUUUAAGCUUUCAUUAAAAGGCAAACAAAAUCUAAAGCUGAAACAUCUUCCGUCAUGAUUAUGGAAGAUAUGUCUAGGACUACAUGAAUUUAAAUAGUUUUAAAUGGCUAAAAAGAUGAGCCAAAGUCCUUGAGGAAAAUAUUUUGUUUGUUUGGUUUUUGAUGAAUAGGCUCGUAGUUAUAUUAGAACUUUAGGCUAUAACUAUUUGAUAAUUAUUUACCAGUACAUUUUUUACCUUUUCAUUUUGUUCUUAUACAGACUUUUUCAUAAUAAUCCUGUUACCAAAGAAUUUUCAGUAGAAAGUAAAAUUUUGAUUAUAAUUCCCUCCAAAUUGAGUUAACUAGAAACAUUUAUAGAUGUGAAGCUUACACAAGUAGUUACUAACCCAAAACAAUAGGGUUUAUAUUGAUUGUUGUAGUAAAAUAGAUAGUAAUGUUAACUACUUUAUUGUUACAAGAGCAUUUAAAGUAAGUUAUAAUACUUAUCUUUACCAGCAGAUCGUUCCAACGAAUUUCAGGUAUAAUUUUUUUCUUCAGCGAGUAAAUCUUCAAUUUUACAGUAUUAAAGUAUUUUUAUAUUGUUGAAACUACUUGUUGGAGAGCAAAAAAUUUUUUCAACGAAAGUAAAUACUUUGAUCUCAUUGACUAAGAUAUUUAGUGAUACAGCAAAGACUUCUUUUUACUUGACCAAAGCAAGCUUCUUUGAAGUCUUAAGUAUGAAAUUGUAAUUAAAAUGUGAAGGUUUUCACUCAUCUUUCAUAGUGGUAUUACUUCAUGGUAUUUUACUUUAAAGGGGCUGUUAUGCAAAUGGUAACUAUUUUCUUUUCCAAAGAUUUAUUUGCUGUGAGUACUGAUACAUGCAUGUCAUUUUUAUGCCAAAUAUUACAAGAUACUGCUCAUCAGUAUUUUCAUACCAAAGACCAUUGAAAUACAUAGAUUAGCCUGUAAGUAAGUAAGAUGAGCAGAUUUGAAAUAAUUUUAUUUAGACGCUAAUAGAGAAUCUAGCUUUAGUAGCAAAAGAUAUCAAAGGGCUAAGUUUACAUAAUUAAAAGCAAUACAAUUAUAUUGGUAUUUAUCAGUGUUUUUAUUCAACUACUUUUUCUCAGCAAAUUAAAAAGAAAAAACCAAAGAUAUUUAAGGUUACCUCCGCAUAUAGGCAAAUUUAGUUGUACAUUAAACUGUUGUUUCUUGUUUUUGUGUUAAACCAAACAUGUCUCUUUAGAACCCAGUCUGUAUACAAAUAGUAUGCAUGGGGACUUUCCCUUUAAUCUGCUGAUUCAGCCAUAUGAUGUUUUUGCAAAAUGAUAUGAUACUUUCUUAAGCACCAUGAGUGUGAAAUGUCAACAGAAAUAUCAGCAAGCUUUUCUGUUGAAGAGUGUUAUGGUACCUCUGAAUUAGCCUGUACAGUUCCCUUCCUGCUUUAAGCAUUACCUGGUUAGCUCAGAGAGCUUGAGGCAGUCCCUUAAUAACAGGGAUGCUUUUCAUCUCUAAGGAUAUAACAGGCAAACAAAUCAUGUCACUCUUAAAGUGCGCUAUGCUUUGAUAAAUGUGCUCUUUAAAGUUGUUAGAUUGGAAUUUAGAGUUGUUAAAUGGAAAUGUUUCAUUGCAUCAAAGGAGUUCAGUUUUCAAACUUUAGUGGAACCUUGGGUGAAGGGAAAAAAUUUUAAUAAAAUCUGGGUUUUUAUAUUUUGAUUAGCCUAAAAGUAAAAAUACAGCUAUACAGCUUUUUUCCAUUAAGUGACUUUUAAAAAUAAGCUUUGCCACACCAAAGAAAUUAGAUUUUUAGUGUAAGAUGCUAUACUUUGGUCUGUGCUUCAAACAAGAGCAAUGCCAACAUUGGGAACAGUGACAGAUAUUUGCUUCAGUGUGUCUUGGCUUUGUAAAGGACUGCUGUCAGAAGUGUGCUCAUGGUCAACAACCCAGGAUCAUUGUUGAAGUCCUUUUGAAGCCAUCUUUGAAAACAAUUCAGAUCGUGUUACAAAAAGAUGGAAUUGAAAGUAUCAUUUAUUUUUUAAUGCGUGAAUACACAGAUGUGGUUCCACUUCAGCAGUGGCUAUGGCAGUUCACUUAUGCACAUUUCUGUUUCAUUGAGUGUACAUUUUGAAUACUGAAUGUAAAGAAAAGUUCCACUUACAUUGAAACAGUCAUUAUCUAAGACUAAACAUGUAUUUUGCAGACUUUGUUCCUGACCAUUUGCCACAUGGGUCUCUGAUAAAUUUCUGUUGGUUUCAUAGUGAAAAUGUUUUUUACAGUUUGUGAGCACAGAGUAGUGGGUUCUGGAGAUCACCAUAUACAACCAGUUGUCUAAUUGUGAUUUUCAUUGAUUAUUAGAAGAAUGUAAACAUAGAAUUCUGUGUUAAGUUGAUUUAUGCUCAGGACAUAAGAUCACAGGCUAAUGCAAUGUGUAUGUUUCAGGCUUCAAUCUUCUCAGUUUCCCUUUUUAAGCCAUUGGUGGUGUUUAACAUGACAGUCUUGUAUUUUUACCAGAUACUGUAUUAUUUUUCCUAUUGCUGCUGUAACACAUUACCAUGAAGGUAGUGGCUUAAAUAACACAUUUGUCUUAAGUUCUGGAGAUCAGAAGUCUAACACAGGUAUCACUGGGAUAAAAACCAAUGCGCUUACAGGUCAGUUACUUUUUGAGGCUUUAGGGAAAAAUCCAUUUCCUUUUCCGGCUUUUUAAGGCUGGGAACCCCUCCCACCGUCUUCAAAGCCAGCCAUGUAGAAUCUGUCUGAUGCCACUUCCAUUAUCAUUCUCUUUCUCCGACCCCAGCUGAUACAGGUUCUCCAGGUUCAAGGAUUCCAGUGAUCACAUUGAUCCCACCUAAAUAAUCCAAGAUAAUCUUCCCAUCUGAAGUUCCUCAACUUAAUCAGGUUUACGAAGUUUCUUUUGCUAUGUUUGGUAACAUAUUCACUGGUUCCAGGGAUUUGAGCAUGGACUUCUGUAGGUGGCCACUAUUUUGCCUACAACAGAUACAUUCCUUCUAUGCAAUUCUGAUCCCUAUAAAAUGUCUGUAGCAUUAAAGAGAUUGGAAAUCUGAGGUUGUGUGCCCUUUGGGGAUCUUUAAAGUUUAAAAGCAUGAAAACUUUGACUUGUAGACUACCAAAAGUAUACAUUUAACUUUCUCUCCAAAAUACUUGUAAAACAAGUUAGCUUUAAACUUUCUGAAGAUGUGCUUCGUAAAAUAGCAUCUCAUGUUUAUCAGAAAGUGCCCUAAAUAUUUGCCUCUAACUUUAUGGAAUUUAUUCAGAAAAAAUUGAAAACUCUUCUUAUAAUUACCCUCUCUCCUUUUCUCUUCAGUGAUUAUGUUGGUGGGGAAGAGUUGGGGGAAGACCUCAGAACACAGGUACUCAGAAUGAUGAACAGGACCAUGCUCAAGUUUAUUUUUUGUUUUCGUUUAAAAACAUAUUCACAACGUGCAACCUUUCUGCCUUUAAAUCUGGUUUAUCUCUUCAGCUUCACUAAGUCACUAAAUGCUUUUCAGUUUUGUUAAUCCUCAGUUUGCCCAGCCUCCUCAGCAAGAGCCUCUGCUUAUACCAUCAACAUGUAUAUACAUCUCCUAGGAUAUUUGAUCUUUCUUGUCAUUUUUCUUUGGUUCCGAUUGGCCUUUUCCUGAUUCUCUUUCUUUUUCUUUUUCUUUUU